AUGAGCAGCCCAAAGCACGAAACGGAAAAGGGUGAGUCCAUCGCUGUCGACAUUGCGGCUCCCGCUCAACCAGCCCCCAAGCCCGUGAGAUCGUCCUUCAAAAACCUCUUUGCCUUCACCCGCCCAGCCCAUGUCUCACUCAUGGUCACCGCUCUCUGCGGCUCAGCCGUCAUUGCCGCCGGCCGGACCGCCUACGCUGUUCUUCUCGGCAAGAUUUUUGAGGUCUGCACCUCUUACGGCGCAGGAGUCAUCGCCGCAUCCGAAUUGCUUCACCAGGUUUCCCACUGGUGCCUGUAUAUGUUCCUCCUCGGAAUCGGCAUGUGGGUGGUUUGCAGCUUUGACGUUGCACUUUGGGUCAUGGCCGGCGAGUUGCGCGCAAAGACGACCAGAGAGACUCUAUUCUCGACCCUUCUCAAGAAAAGUGCGGCUUGGUUCGAUCUCCGAGAGCAUGGCAUGUCCAGCUUGAUGACUGCCAUCCAGACACAAGCCCGCGAACUCCAAAUGGGCACCUCCCAAGUGUUCGGCUUUCUAGUUUGCGACCUGCUCGUCUUCUUCUCCUGUAUCAUCGUGGCUCUCUACUACUCUUACAAGCUGACACUGGUCAUGCUCUCCACCGCUUUGCCGUCUGCCCUCAUUCUCUGGCUCAUCGCCCGCUUUCUUGACCCUGCCAUCGCCGGCCAAAAGCGCGAACUUGCCGAGGCUGCUAAGCAUGCAACGGCUGCUACGACCGCCAUCGACCUCGUCAAGGCUUACAAUGCGGCAGAUCACGAGUCUUUCCAGUUCAUUUCGGCUGUGCGACGCUCGUCCAAGUACUACACCCGUCAGGUGUUGUCCAAUAAUGGGCAGAUGAGCUACAUCAAGCUGUGGAUGAUGUCACUCUUCGUUGUUGGUUUUUACUUUGCCGUCGUGCUCGUCAACCGGGAGGAGCUGACCCCCGGAAACGCCUUGACAACCUUCUACUGCGCCCUCAUCUCCUUUCAGUCCCUUCAAAACCUCGGCCCUCAAUGGAUUAUCCUAGCAAAAGGGAUGGCAGCAGGCCAAUCUCUCCACGAUCUCGUCCGCCAAGCUGAUCCCGGUCAGACCAAGACUUGUAAAGAGCCUGGCGGCCUUCGACCCCCUACCUGUCAAGGCGACAUCUCUCUCUCCAACAUCUCCUUCGCCUACCCGUCUGCACCCUCCAACUUGGUCCUUCAGCCUUCGUCGUUUCACUUUACACCCGGCUCUCUGACCUUUAUCGUCGGUCGUUCCGGCUCCGGCAAGUCCACCCUCGGCAAUCUGCUCGUCCGUUUCUAUGAGCCCUUGACAGGCCAAAUCACUGUCGAUGGACAACCCAUUACGCGUCUCGACCUAGGAUGGGUCAGACAGAACAUUACCCUGAUCCAGCAAUCCAGCGUUUUCUUCAACGAUAGUUUAUUCCAGAACGUCGCAUAUGGAGGCUAUCAGCCCGACCGCGUCACAGUGGAAGACGUCAAAGUAGCCUGCUCCAUGGCAUUGCUACAAACCACCGUUGCCGGAAUGCCUCAGGGUCUAGACACGCAAAUCGGACCUGGCGGUUAUUCGCUCUCUGGCGGACAGCGUCAGCGCCUGGCUUUGGCGAGAGCCAAGAUCCGCGAUCCACCCGUGUUGAUCCUCGAUGAAAUUACCUCCGGUCUGGACCCCGUGUCGAGGGGAUUGAUCAUGGACGCUAUUCGCAUCUGGAGGAGGGGUAAAACAACAAUCAUCAUCACGCACGAGGUGGGUUGCAUAGGAGAGGGCGAGAUGGUUUACGUCAUGGAGGACGGACGAGUCGUGCAACAAGGACAUGGAAAGCAGUUGAGAGAGGAGAGAGAGGGGUUGUUUGCUGGGCUUGUUGCCUCGGCUGAUCAUGACGGUGGUGAUCAUGGAGAGGGUGCAGAGGACAGCGAGAAGGAGGAGAAGGAGGUAGAGAGCGAGUUGGAGGAUAUUCAAGAGCUUGAAGAAGAAGAGUCAGAGGAGGAGGUGAUUGAAGAGGCUACCUACGUCCAGCUAGUUCGCGGACUGAGCCUGCGUGGCCAGAGGGGCAGUAUCGUCUUUCCCAGGUUAACGUUUGGUUAUGAUACCUACUCUUCCGCGGACAACCGACAGUCACGACCACUUUCACGAUUGUUGGGCGCGGGCAGAGUACCAGUCCACCACCCCCACCCCCACGCGAACCCCGAUGGCACUCGUGAUGUCUCUCCCUUCUCAAAGCCAGACGACCGCAGACACAGCACCUCUUCCAUCGAACUCAUCACCCAAACUGGCCUUUCAGUCAAGAAAACCCGCGUGGCUAAUGCCCGGCGGGCUCAGCACCCUGAUCAGAAGGUCACUGAAGCUCAAUCAAACGGAAGCCUGGAUUCUCUUGAGCUCUUCUUCCUCGACAAGCUUGCCAAUAAGAAACAAAGAGCUGGAUUCCGCAAGAAGCGUAGGAAUAGCAUGGCGUCUGUUGUCUCGGCUGCUUCUCACUCUUCCAAUCCCCAGCUAAGCAAAAAACAGCGACACUCGGUCAACAACCGCCUCCCUUCUUUGUCGGCAAUCCUCCGCACCGUCUGGCCCACUCUGGACCUGCGCUCCAAACUCGAACUUUUUCUGGGUAUCUGUCUGGGUCUGGUAGUAGCAGCCGCCAACCCCCUUUUUUCAUAUGUCUUUGCGCAACUGCUCUCCUCCUUCUGGUCGUCUCCUUCCGCCCGACUCGCCGCCGGUUCCAAAUACGCAGGGAUCCUCGCCGCCAUUGCCUGUGCUGACGCUCUCGCUACGUUUGGCAGUUAUUACUUCCUUGAGAAAGUAGCAACGAAAUGGGUUACCACCCUCCGCUCCGAAGCCAUGACGCGCAUUUUGGCGCAACCAAAAUCGUGGUUUGACAAGAACUCCCACAGCCCGGCCAAGAUCGUGGCCUGCUUGGACCGUAACGCCGAAGAAAUGCGCAAGCUAGUCGGCAUGUUCCUCCCCAUUCUGAUUAUCGUCUGCACAAUGAUCACCGUCGCCAUCGUCUGGGCCUUGACCAUCCAAUGGGACCUGACCCUCGUCACCCUCGCCGGUAUUCCUGCUGCCGUCAUCACCGGCCGUCUUAAUGCUUUGUUCAGCGACAAAUGGGAAUCCCGCUGCGACCAAGCCGCCUUGCGGACUGGACAAGUCCUCACCGAGACCUUUGGCAACAUCAAAGUCGUUCGCGCCCUGACACUCGAGGGGUGGUUCACGCGGAAAUACGAAGCCAAGACAACCGAAGCGUACCAGCUCGGUUUAAGGAGGGCCACCUACGUUGGUCUCUUCUUUGGUCUCAACCAAUCCAUCGCUUACUACCUGACCGCCAUGAUCUUUUACUACGGCGCCAAGAUCUUAUCCCAGGAUCGCGCCUCGGUGACCGAUUUGCUGCGCGUCAUCAACCUCAUCUUAUUCAGCUUGGGAACCUGCGUCAACAUGCUAGCCAACGUCCCGCAGAUCGCCGCAGCAAAGGCAACAGCGACCCAAAUGCUUUACUUCGCCAACCUCUCCCACUCGUCAAGCCAUGAAUCCCAAGGUUCUCAGCGCAUCUCCAACCCCUUGCCCAUCCGCAUGCAAAACCUGCGCUUUGCCUACCCCUCUGCGCCCGAUACUCUCGUCUUGCGGAACUUGAAUCUGACAAUCAACCCCGGCACAUGCACAGCAAUCGUCGGUUCCAGCGGCUGCGGCAAAUCAACCAUUGCUUCUCUCCUCCUCAACCUUUACCCCCCUUCUGUUUCUACCCCCACCAAUAAUUCCUUAACUUUCAACUCCAUCCCCUCUGACCAAGUACACACCCCCUCCCUCCGCUCGUGUGUGGGAUACAUCCCACAACACCCCUUCCUUUUACCCACCACUCUCCGCGAAAAUAUCUUGUAUGGUCUCCCUGACUCUUCACCCCUGCGCCUCCCCUCCCACUUCCACUGUCUAGUUCACGCAUGCCAGUUAGCUUCCAUCCACGACUUUAUCAUCUCCCUUCCUGCAAGUUACGACACCGUCGUAGGCGAGGGUAGCGGCCUACAACUCUCAGGCGGCCAAGCCCAGCGUGUCAGUAUCGCGCGCGCACUAGUGAGGAGUCCGAAAGUGGUGGUGGCUGAUGAACCGACUGCUAGUUUGGAUGCGGAGGGUGCGGAAGCUGUAAGGGAGGUUUUUGCUCGACUUGUUCAUGGUAAUCGGACCGGAGUUCAUAUCGAUACUUCUAAGGAAGGGAAAGGACAUCAAGGAAAGGAAGGGAAAAACGAAGAAAUGGCAAUCAUCGUAGUAACCCACUCCAAGGAAAUGAUGCGGAUUGCCGAUCGCGUGGUGAUGAUCGAGGGAGGGAUGGUGGUGGAGGAAGGCGGGUAUGACGAGUUGAGGAGAACAAAAGGGGGAAGGUUCGCGGGGAUGGUUAGUGGAGGGGCUUGGGAUGGUGGUCAUGGUGCUGCUUCUUUGUCUUCUCGUGAUCGCCAACAGGGGGGACAAGAUCGAAGUCAUCGUCAUCGAAGGAACGUAACUCUCACAACUAUCAGUUCCGACUUUGAUGGACAGAGUAUACCUCUAGAGGUAGGGGAGUCUUCGAGCUCUGCUCAGUACCACCAGUACGGGCGUCACGGGGCGAGAUAUCAAAAUGGGCAAGAUGGAGUCAGCGACGUGAGUGAUGAGGAUUUGGACCUGGAAGAUGAAGAGAAGGGCGGGCCUUGGACUGGUGAUGGUGCUGGUGGUAGUACUGAUGCGGGUGCGGGUGCGGGUGCCGGUGUAAGGGUCAAUGAAGAGGCGUUGCAGAGACUAGAGGGGACGUCUCCGGAUUCUACGUCUAGCGCUUCGUUGUCUUCUGCGAACGCGCCACCAGAGAGAGGUAGGGGAACAGAGAGGGGUGGGGAUGGAGGAAGGAGUACUUGGGGUUGGAGGUUUGACUAGGUAAUCUUCUAAGUUCCUUUCUGGUGUGUAAAAGUAUAUAUGCAGUGGUUGCAGGUUCCUUUGCUCCUUUGCUCUUCCUUCGCUUCUGGGUCUCAUCUUCUCUUGGUAAAUAUCUUCUUUUAAGAAACCGAAUACCUCUAGCUAAAGACUUUACAGUUUGCCUGGCCUAUCACAUCUCUUUAUAGUUGACGACAAGGUAUCAAUGAACAUUGACUUUAU